AUGGAUAGUCAUAAAUAUCAUGUGACGGAAGGAGAGGUAGCAGGUUUGAGAGAGCCAAUAGAUGCACAAGUAGUGAAAAAAAUAAAAGAAAUGCAAGUCAUAGGUGUCCGCAGUGUUGCCGAAGUACGUCGGCAUUUGGAAAAGUUUGUAAAUGGGCAUUUAUUCAAUAGUAAAGAUUUGCCAGCUGAGUCAAGCCGCCGUUAUUAUCCAACAGACGUCGAUAUAAGGAACAUCUUAAAUGCAACCCGAUCUGGAAAACAAAGAUCUCCAGAUGACCAAUUAAAUUUGGAGACAAAAUUAUCUGAGUGGCAUGAGUUACAUCCCGAAGACUUUAUCUUUUACAGGGUAAUGUAUCAUUGUCUACCUUGCGCUAACAAAACUUGCCAUAUUAACUCCAGUUCACUUUUUUUAUUUGUGUAUCAAGCGAAGUGGAUGAAGCGCCUAUUAUUAUUGUACGGGCAGGAGAUGUGUCUCAUGGAUGCUACAUACAGAACAUGCAGGUACGCCUUGCCACUCUUCUUUUUAUGCGUCAGAUCAAAUGUUGGAUACAUUGUCGUCGCAGUUUUUAUUCCAGAAAAUGAAGACACUGGCUCAAUAUCCGAGGUACUCCGAAUAUUGAGCAGGGAAAUCCAGUGGAACCCCAGAAACAUGAUGGUGGACUUCUCACUGGCAGAAAUUUCCGCGAUUGAAGUGUUUUCAGAAACGCAUGUCCACGUGUGCGAUUUUCACCGCGAAAAAGCCUGGGGUGAAUGGUUAUCUAAAAGUAGUAAUGGUGUGAGUAUGUAUAAAGAUGAAGUGUUGAGGCACUUGCGAAACAUCGCCCAGAGUGAAAACCAAGCCACUCUUGAUGAGAACAUCCAGGCACUCAAAAAAAGCAGGCCAUGGAAGGAAUCAGUCCAACUACAAAACUAUUUUUUUAGACUUUUGGGGUUUAUACUUAGAGUUAUGAAUAAAUGGGUUCGCUUUUUUCGAGAUGAACAUCUUCGUAUUGCAAUUUAUACAAACAAUGGUAUCGAAAGACAAAAUAACUGGCUCAAGCACUCAUAUCUCGAAAGUAGACGAAAUAACUCGGUGUCUGAUCUGGUUGACGUAAUAAUCAACCAUUUUUUACCUGAUAGUUACAAGAAAUACAAAGAGCAAAACAUUCGAUGUACGUCAUCAUAUCGAGGCUACGAUGAUCGUGUUCCAAAGUAUCUCCACGACCGACCCAGAGGUGUUGUUCAACAUAUCAUCAGUAGAAUCGACUCUGGCAUCCAGAUUUCAAACAUUAAAAAAGAGACUCCAAAGCUUUUCAUCGUACAAGGAGCAGAAUGCGCAUACCAAGUAAGGCUUGGCUCAGACGAAGAGUUACCAUCGUGUCAGUGUCUCGACUUUCGAACAAAGAAACUUCUCUGCAAGCACAUAUGCGCAGUUGUUCAACAGCCAGACAUAGGGUGGGAAUCAUUGGGCAGAAAAUUCGACAAGUACCCCUGUUUACUUUGGAUAAAGUGA